GCUGGUCCUGGGACAAUCAACAUGGCUUCAGGAAUCCAGGAAUAUAAUCGAACAGAGUCUGAUAGAUUAAAUGAGAUCAAAGGCCAUCUUGAAAUUGCCUUGCUGGAAAAACAUUUUUUGCAGGAGGAGCUCAGGAAGCUGAGAGAAGAAACAAAUGCUGAAACAUUGAAACAAGAGCUAGAAAAAGAACGUCAGAGAAGGAUAGAACUGGAACAAAAAGUCAAUGAAAUACUCAAAACAAGAACAGAAGAGCCACCUCCUACUCCACUUCCCACAAAAGCACAGACACAAGCCAAUGGAACAGAUAAACGUAGCCACAUGAUGUGUUCAAGAGUUCAGAAGUGGAUUUAUGACAAGUUUGGGGAAUACAUCGAAGACUUCAGAUUUCAGCCAGAAGAAAACACUGUGGAAACAGAAGAGCCACUUAGUGCUAGAAGACUUACUGAAAAUAUGAGACGAUUAAAGAGAGGUGCCAAACCUGUUACAAAUUUUGUGAAGAAUCUUUCUGCCUUAUCAGACUGGUAUUCUAUCUACACUUCUGCUAUUGCCUUUAUUAUCUACAUGAAUGCUGUAUGGCAUGGCUGGGCCAUUCCUAUGUUCUUAUUUUUAGCAAUUUUGAGGUUAUCCCUAAAUUACCUCAUAGCCAGGGGGUGGAGAAUACAGUGGAGUAUUGUGCCUGAAGUUUCUGAUCCCAUUGAACCUCCAAAGGAAGACCUUACAGUGUCAGAAAAGUUCCAGCUUGUUCUGGAUGUGGCACAGAAAGCACAGAACCUGUUUGGCAAGAUGUCAGACAUACUGGAAAAAAUUAAAAACUUGUUUAUGUGGGUCCAGCCAGAAACAACCCAGAAGCUGUAUAUUGCCCUGUGGGCAGCUUUUAUUGCCUCCUGCUGUAUUCCAUACAGGAUAAUUGGGCUUUCAAUGGGACUUUAUGCAGGAAUCAAAUUUUUUCUUAUUGAUUUCAUCUUCAAGCGAUGCCCAAGAUUGCGAGCGAAGUAUGAUACUCCUUAUAUCAUUUGGAUGAAUUUGCCCACAGAUCCUCAGCUCAAAGAGAGGACUAACGCAACAGUUUCAAGAAGGCUUCAAACAACAGCCUCGAGAAGCUAUGUAGGUGCAAGUGCCCCCGCUGGAGUCAACAGAGAUGAGGACAGUAGCCGUUUCCAUACUACUAAGAGAGGCAACUUCCAUGAAGUCUUUAACCUGUCAGAAAAUGAGCGUCCUUUGGCAGUAUGUGAAAAUGGCUGGCGUUGCUGCUUGAUUAACAGGGACAGGAAGAUGCCCACAGACUACAUCAGAAAUGGAGUGCUUUAUGUCACAGAAAAUUACUUAUGUUUUGAAAGCUCCAAAUCCGGUUCCUCUAAAAGAAAUAAAGUUAUAAAACUCUCGGAUAUAACAGAUAUUCAGAAGUACAAAGUCCUUUCGGUUCUCCCAGGAUCUGGCAUGGGUAUUGCAGUCUCAACACCAUCUACACAGAAGCCUUUAGUGUUUGGUGCCAUGGUACACAGAGACGAAGCUUUCGAGACCAUUUUCAGCCAGUAUAUGAAGAUAACUUCUGCAGCAGCAUCCAGCGAAAGCUAGUACAUCACCACAGCUGGUUCCCCCAAGGGGACUUCCUUUUUUAAAAUUCGGUUUACUCUCUUGGUUGUGGGGGAAAAGGUGGAACACCCUUCAUCAAUUCUGCAAUAAUUUCCUUCAUUGCACAUACCUUGCAUUACAUAAACGUAUUUUAUAUAUGCCUUCAUGUUUUUGUUUUUUAAAGCUUUUGUAAAAAAAAAACAAAAAAGGAAAAAAAGUGCUAUCAUCACCUCCGCCUUGCACAUUAAGCACUUUUAAUGUUUAUUUACUGGCAUUAAAAAAAAAAAAAACACAGCCUAUGGAGAUAUUUGGCUCAAGUAGCUGGAGAACAGACCAAGGGAGAUGCCUUGCUCAGCCCUGGAAACCCAGGAUGUGGUAGUACAUUCUGUUUCUUCUUCUGCUGUCAGUCCUGCACACAGCUGUAUGUGUACAAAUCCAGUUCUGGUAUUCAUGUAUGCAUAACUGGAUAGUAGAGUACAGCCUGACGUAAAACAAGUUAAUGUACUUCUGAAGGUCACUCUUUUACUAAAUUAAUCAAUGUAUAAAUAAUAUGUGGAAAGUAUUAGUAUCAGUAGUUACGCUUCAGACGAACUUUCUUACUAACUAUUGUACCUUUUCAAAGGGUAUCUUUCUGGACAAGGCAAAGCUGUUGUUCUUCCUGCUGGCUGGGUUUCUGGCAUGGCAAAUUCUGUGGUACUUCUGAGAGGGUAAAGUUUAUAUUGUUAAAUUUGGUCAUCUUUGCCCAUAGGAUAUGUCAGGCCAGCAGUAUUUCUGGAAUAUUUAGGAGUGCUUCCUGGUAGGAGGUUUGUGAAAAGGAGUUAUUCCUUAGCACAGUGAGAGCAGGGUAUGUUCCUUCCCCUCCCCCCAUCUUGUGUACCCCACAAUAAAGGCACUUUGCUAAUGUAACAAAUGAGGUUUGAAUGGAAAGUAUCAUUUGGAGCAAUUUUCGUUGUGAAUCUUUAUUUUAAGGGCCUGUUUUGUUAAUACAGAACAGUAGGACUACCAUGUCUUCACAGGUUUGCGGAAAUCAUUUUUUCUUCCAUUAAAUUCAAUACUACAAAUAUUUUAAAGUCAUGAAAACUUAUAUAUUUUGUGUACUAAAGGCUUGCUUAGAGAGUCUCAACUGCACAAGAUUCUGUGGAAUCCAUAAUCAGACCUUCCCAGUCUUUUAAAAAGACAAACAGCAGAUGUUGGGGACCCUGGUUUUGUACUGAGGCUCUGAUGUAGGGUGAAGAAGAGGUUUAACUCUUCUCCCACGUGGUUUUAUCAAUCAAAACACACAAACACCACACAAUGUUUUUAGAUAUAUUUUCCUUUCUUUUUAAAACAUUUUCCAGAGCUUUUUCCCCUCUCCAUCCAGGGCUAAACACAGCCACUCAUUGAUAGUUUUGAUUGGUGAAAACCAAGUGGAAGCUUAACAGUUAAACAUCUGUUCUCUUGUGAUGUGGCCCUGAUCUAUAUUAUUUUCCCUUAAAAAGAUGCUUGGAAGAUUUGAUCAUGAAAUUCACAGCAUCCCAGCUAAUUAGACAUCUUGAGUUCAGGUUUCUACAUCAAACUAGCACUAUUAGUAUGUCCAUGUUUAUCUCUCUGUCUACUUUCCUAUUCCCAUUAUGUACCUGAUAGACAGACAUGCCAGUUCUUUAAUUUACUUGUUACUGGAGCUUCAUGCCAGCUUUUACUCUUCUUUUUACUGUAACUUUAUUUGUGAAAUUCAUGAAUCAAGAAAACACAAUCCAGAGCUUUAGUAGCUAACAACAUGUUACUCGCCAGUGUGUAUAAGCCUCAACAGCCUUCUUAAAAAUUGUCAGCUUUGGAUGGAAAAGUAGUGGGAGUACAUAAAUCUUCCCCAUUCUGCAAUUUUCACAUUGUGAUUCACCCACUUCCAGUUUAACCCCCCCCCCCUUUCUGGGGAGGAGCUUCUGUUUACUUGCUAAGAUAAACAUGCUUCUGAAAGUUGCAGGGGAAAUAGAUGUUAGAAGUGGAAUUUAAGAGGAGAACUAACCAUUAGGGAAAAGACUGACCACUUUCCCACUCUAAGUGGUUUUAUCCCCAAACUGGUACUCUUUUAAAAAUAUAUAAUGUCCAGUUAACCAUCGAUUUAACUUUGUUGGAAGCAGAAGUUGUAGAAAAAUUGGUUUCCAUGUACUUUUGGUUCCUGUCAGUGCCCCACAUUGUUUAUGUUCUUGAAGGAAUAAAUAAUAAAUACAUGGGUAAAAUGAUCUUGAAAAAACUUCACAUGUAUAUGUUUAUGUACUGAGAGAAUCCCUUGUCCAAAAGACUUAAACAAGAUUGGUAAUUUUUGAAUUGUUCAUCUAAAUUUUUAACAUUGGUAAAAUACUGAUUGUAUUAAUAGGAAAAAGUUCCUAGAGUAGCAGAUGUCUAAGUUUCAGUAACCUAGGCAAUAUAACUCUUUCUUUUAAAAAAUAGGGCCUCUGAUUUAUAUACAGUUUCAAAUAAAUUGGGUGAAGGUAUUUGGGACAGUAGUGAAUAACCCCGUCCCUGCCUUUAAAAAAAAGUUUGUCAGACAUCAACCCAGCAGAGAAUCAAGGUAGUAGAUUGCGGAUAAAUAAGCAUUAAAUUAACUUAACUUUCUGUAUAACACGUUAGAAUCAUUGUACAUUGAGGUUUUUGUGUGUGUGUGUGUUUUUAUAGGGGAGAAGAUCCCUUGGGUGUUCAUGAGGUUCUCACUUUUUAAAAACAGAUUAUAUUUUUUACAGAGUGAGCAGUUUUUUCUUAUUUUUGUAUCAUUUUUUCAAAUGUAAUUUUUACCGUCACUCUGAUCAUAAGAAUACUGGUUCUGGUGUAAAUCGGGUAAUGGCACAUAUUACCUCCUCCCUUACCAGUUGACUAAAGUAUUGUUUUAGAACAUUGUUCCUUGAAAUUCUUUCUAGCUCUGACAAUGCCACAACACCCAACUGCUUAUAUUUUCAGAAGGGUAGUACUAUCACUAAAGACUCUGGAUACAUAACUGAUAUAAUCCCCCAGAUGUUACUCUAAUACAGGUUUGUUUAGAAUAAUCUACACUCUUAACAAUGCAAACAUUAAAACAGAAUUGUUGACAUAGUAAAUAUGUUACAAACUUUUAUGCAGUGGUGGUUUGUUCCAAUAUCAAGUGAGUGAGCAGGAUCUUUAAAGAGCAAGUGACAGGUAUGCCUGCACAUAUUUUUGCAGAAUUCAACUUUAUGUUGUAUGAAGAACUGUUGCAAAAGUAACUGCUGUUGUGUGAUAUGCCAUUAAUUCCAGUGCUCCAAAAAUAGCUUGAGGACCUCUCUGCUUUUUCUUUCCUAUAUCCUGAAAUGUUUUAACAUUUGUCAUCCUAUCCCGUGUUUAUAUAACCAUUCUCAUGUAGAGUCUGAAUUUAUCUCCUGGCCUGGAAUUUGCAGUAUGGUGCUACUGCAUGUAAGUUCAGUAGUGCUACUUCAUUGUGAAGUGUUAUUUUUUUCAACAUUUUUAAAGGAACACAUGAUUCUUUCAUAUAUUUGCUGUGUGUAUGUGUUAUUCUUAGAACACCUAGGGCUUAUUGGUGAAUUCUUUGUAUUUAAUUGAAUAACUUCUUUACUGGAAGUAGAGUGGUCAAGUUUGAGAACCUUUUUCAGCAAUAAAGGAAGAUGAAAACUGAUCACAUGUAAUGGUUCCCCCUUUAAAUUU